UGCAACAUUUGUCUCAGCAGGAGAAAACCUCUCCAGCGUGACGCGGUCUUUGAAGAAGAGUUGACGAAUGGGCUGUUUUUAGCUGAGGAAAGCUUGAUUUCUUUACGAAAUAUAUACAACGAGAGCUUGUAUGCAAGUCGCUUGAGGAUUUACAGGUUUAUAGCAGUAAAUAACCGCGGUAUUUUGGUUAAUUUCUCGACGGGCCCGGAGACAGCUUGAUAUCGGUAGAGAGACUCAACUCAGGUCCUUUCGUCCUGACAUGGACACAGGAAUUGUACCAGAAAAGAAAAGGGUGAGCUCGGAGCGGAGGAAGGAGAAGUCGAGGGAUGCAGCACGAAGCCGGCGUGGAAAGGAGUCGGAGGUGUUCUAUGAGCUGGCACAGCAGCUGCCCCUGCCCCAUAGCGUCAGCUCCAGCCUGGACAAGGCCUCGAUAAUGAGGCUCAUCAUCAGCUACCUGCGCAUGAGAAAACUGCUCAGCACUGCUGAGCCAAGGGCAGAGGAGGAAACCGAGCUUGAUACACAGCUAAACAGCUCCUACACAAAGGCUUUGGAGGGCUUUCUCAUGGUUCUGGCUGAAGACGGAGAUAUGAUCUAUCUCUCUGAGAAUGUCAACAAGUGCCUCGGGCUAGCCCAGUUUGACCUGACUGGACACAGUGUGUUUGACUUCAUACAUCCCUGUGACCAGGACGAGCUGAGGGAGAUGCUGGUCUAUAAAACAGGGCCCAAAAAGGCCAAGGAAUCAAACACAGAGCGCAACUUCUUCCUCCGAAUGAAAUGCACUCUCACGAGCAGGGGCCGCACGGUCAAUGUGAAAUCAGCUACAUGGAAGGUGCUCCACUGCUCGGGUCAUGUCCGUGUUUAUGACAGCCACACUGAGGAGACUCCCAACGGGCACAAGGAGCCACCUGUUCCCUACCUGGUUUUGAUCUGUGAUCCCAUCCAGCACCCCUCCAACAUUGAGGUCCCACUGGACACCAAGACCUUUCUCAGCCGACAUACAAUGGACAUGAAGUUUACGUAUUGUGACGAGAGGAUCACUGAGCUCAUGGGUUAUGAUCCAGAGGACCUGUUGAAUCGUUCUGUGUAUGAGUACUAUCAUGCUUUGGACUCAGACCAUCUUACCAAGACUCACCACAACUUGUUUGCAAAGGGCCAGGUCAGCACAGGCCAGUACCGGAUGUUAGCCAAGAGAGGAGGCUUUGUGUGGGUGGAAACACAAGCCACUGUCAUCUACAACAACAAGAACUCACAGCCACAGUGUGUUGUCUGUGUCAACUUUGUGCUUAGUGGCAUCCAGGAGGAGAAACUGAUCCUGUCUCUGGAGCAGAUUGAGGAUGUGAAGCCAGUGAAGGAGGAAGAAAAGGCUGUGGUUGAGAGCAGCCAACCCGACAUGUCUCCAACCCUGCCAAAGGACGAAGAGAAGGGCCCAGAGCUGGAUGUGAUCAAACUGUUCACUCAGGCGGUAGAGGCCCAGCCUCUGGCUAGCCUGUAUGACCAGUUAAAGGAAGAGCCAGAGGCCCUCACCUUGUUGGCCCCUGCUGCAGGAGACGCAAUCAUCUCCUUGGAUUUUAGCUGCCCUGAUUCAGAGAUCCAGCUGCUGAAGGAGGUCCCUGUCUACAACGAUGUAAUGCUUCCCUCCACUAGUGACAAUGUGGCUCUGCCUCUUUACCCUCUGCUGCCCGGGGAGCCUCUUCAUGUUACCACAACCAGCUCUGAGGAUGCCAAAGCUAAGAGCUAUGCUCCUGCCACGUCCCCCACAUCAACCAGCCAGAGCUCCACAGAGGCUGACAGUCCGCUGGACUUUUGUUUCCCCAUGGACUCAGAGAUGAGCUCAGAUUUUAAACUAGACUUGGUCGAGAAGCUGUUUGCCAUUGAUACAGAGCCCAAGACCCCCUUCAACACACAGGCAAUGGAAGAUUUAGAUCUGGAGAUGUUAGCUCCCUACAUCCCCAUGGAUGAUGACUUCCAGCUGCGCAGUCUGAGCCCAGAAGAGCUUCUAUCUGGUGGACCAGUCAAAUCCCUUGAGAGUUCUCCAGUCCAUGUCACACAGGACAUCCAUAGCUAUCCUAGCUCCCCAUUUAAUGCACCAGGCAGUCACACAGCUUCCCCAGCACCCCUCAAUGCCCCUAAUCCUGCCAUCGUUGUUGCUAAGAGGACCCCACAGCUGGACAAAGAAGUCUCGCUCAGGACCCUGGCAGCUCAGAAUGCACAGCGCAAAAGAAAAUUGGGUGACCUAAUAGAGAUGAUCGAACAGGGAACUUUGCCACAGGAAGAAGUGGAGCAGGGCAAAAAGCUGAGAGCCUCCGAUUCAGGAACAACCAGGACCAUACUUCUGCUGCCUUCAGAUAUGGCUAGUCGUCUACUGGGCAGCACAUCAGAGGGCACCAGUUCCCUUUUCACUCUUCCGCAGCUCACGCGCUACGACUGUGAGGUUAACGCCCCCUUGCAGGGUCGUCAGUUCCUGCUGCAGGGAGAGGAGUUGCUGCGCGCUCUGGAUCAUGUCAAUUGAGUCAAUGCUUUGCCUGCAUACCGCUGGACACUACAAUUUCUUCCUGAAUAUUGUUACUCUCUCUCCACGACCCCUAACCUCACCCCACUGCUCCUUAUUUAUGUAUCUGUAUGAGUCUGACUAUAGUAUGGCUGCUGUUUGUGCACCUCAUGUGAUAUUUGCAGCAUUCCACCACGACAAACACCAUAGCAGCUAGGGUGCAAGGGAUUCAGGUAUCGUGAGAUGUCCAAUUGUCGUUUUGUUUUUUCUCUCUUCCGGGGAGUCUCUCUCAGCACACAACGCCUUGACAUAUGACCCUUUUCCAGCAGGUCACCACAGACCCUGGCGCUACUGCCAGCAGUGUAUUGUAAGCUUGAGUCGCACAAUUUAUAUUUUCUUAAAAAGAAAAAUAUUACCAGCAAUAUAUAUUAAGCCUUUUUAAAGUUGUUUAAAUAGGAUUUAAACUAUUUUAUUUUUCCUCCCAUACUUGUAUGUUGUAGUACUUGUACCUAACAAUUUCUUUAGUCCAGAAGUAUGGACAUAUUGUUUAAACCUUAGAUGGUUUGAAUGUUUCCAUUUAAUAGCUAUCAGUCUCUGAGGAAAAUGCAUUUUAUUGUGUAGCAGUCCAGUACAUGUCACUUUAUACUUUACUGUGUGUGUUACUGUACAUAUACCAUGGACAAUUUUACUCAUUACUGUCAAAUGAAAUUAAGUAACUGCUUAACUUUGUUUGCUUCUCAUCAUAGAUGAAUGACAGUUUUCUCUAACAUAUAGUGAAUUCAUGUUUUUGGUUUUUACUGUGUGGCAUACUCAACAGUUUAAAAUAAGUGGCUUAUUUAUAUUUUACUUGUGAUUGUCAUGGUAGCAGCGCGAGUUGUCAAACAUGUUUGCUCAGUUUAAUGGUUGUCAGUCUAAUACCAUUGAUCCAUGCCAUAUUGUUGGUCUCCCAUGCUUCUUAUUGCCAUCUUAACAUUAAAUGGCUUUAAUAAAGUA